AAAAGCAUCAGCACUUUACUUCAAUAAUGUAUCGGCAUCGGGAAGCCCUUUGGAAAAAUUGCAUGACUAAUUUGCCGCAGUCCUCGGGAUACAUUGUCGCACCGAAAAUUUCAUUGGUUACGUCAAGUUGACUUUCGUAACUUCCGCAAUCAAACCAACUAUGGCCAGUUACUUUGACGAGCUCAACAUACAGUCAAAUGUUGAUAAACGACGAAAGAAAACCUUCGAUGUGGAUCUCGACCAUUUCAUGAAUCCGACAUCAUCGACUGGCAGCAGUUCAUUUCAUUCUUUGAAUGAUCCUGUAGCGCAAACAGCUCAGUUAUUCAGCCGAUUCAGACAACAGAUGCAGCUGGAAGGCGAUCAGCAACAGGAACAAUUCCUGGAUAACUUGGUUUCUCAGCUUCUUGAAGAGUCUCAAUCAAAUGCCAAAGGUCCCCCACCGGCAUCCCAACGAUUCAUUCAGAUGCUGCCCAAUGUUCCGAAGCAGCAACUCAAUAGUGAUGAAACCUGUAUUAUAUGUAAAGAUGUCCUGAAGACGAGCAGUAGUAAGGUGACGCAAAUGCCUUGUGGUCAUUAUUUUGAUCAAGAAUGUCUUGUGCCGUGGCUUCAGUUGCAUCACACGUGCCCAUUGUGCCGUCAUGAAGUAGAAACCGAGCAAGCGGCCAAGGAAGAAGAAGAAGAAGAGCAACGAGGAUGGAUGUACGGUUAAAUUUGCCCUUUUUCUCAUUAGAUUCGUGUCUUCAGCUGAAGCGGUGUUUCAAACUGAAGUUUGCUGUCUGAAAAUGCGGGGAAGCCAAUUAGGGAAACGACAGAAGGAUUUGGGGGAUUUUUUUCUUUGUUUACUUGACAGGGAACAACAGUCAUCUGAAUAAAUUGAUGACUAUUUAGCGGAUUUUAUAUUCAUUCCCAUGUCAAGGGGCGAAAUACAUAACAGAUAACAAUGUUGUUGUACAUUAGCAAAAAGCAUUGUUUCGCUUAAUAUACUCGCUCUACUUUUUAUAGGGACGUUCGGUGUUAUGCCAAAAGACGCCUUGAUCUUUGUCGACUUUUUUUUAAACAUGUUAUUUAUUUGAAUUUAGCCAGGCAGUAGACUUGCUUUGCAGUAAAAAGAUUUAUUUUUUGACGGAAGAAAAUGUUUAAACC